AUCCAGAGGAAACUGGAGCGAGAGCAGCAGGAGCAGGAGAGACUGCGAGAGGUGGAGAGAGAGAAGAAGGAGAGGGAGGAUCAGUGGAGACGUCAUGUUGCAGAGUUGGCCUCCAAGAAGGAAGAGACUCUAAAGAACAGAGCAUCACGCCUACGAGACUUCAGGAACUUCCAGAAGAAGGUGUUGGUGGAUGAGCUGGGUCAGGACCCAGCGUGCACCAGGGAGAUGGUGGACCAGCUGCUCGUCAGGAUGUAGCGGACCAGGACAGUGGACCAGCCAAUCCUAAUGGAGUUCAGCCACCAACAGCCAAUCAGAAUGGAGUUCAGCCACCAACAGCAGACCCAAUCGGAAUGUAGCCCAAUAACCAGCAGACCCAAUCAGAAUGUAGCCCAAUAACUAGCAGAACCAAUCAGAAUGUAGCCCAAUAACUAGCAGACCCAAUCAGAAUGUAGCCCAAUAACCAGCAGACCCAAUCGGAAUGUAGCCCAAUAACCAGCAGACCCAAU